AUUAUUUCGUUUUCCAAAUAUAUUUUAAUUUAAUCUUUUUUAAUUGUUUUACAAGAACUUUUACUAUGCAGUCAGUGUUGUGGAAAUAAUUUCCCUUCAAUCAUCAAGGAUGAUCUAAGGUGGAUUAUCAUCUUAAUUUUUGUUAGCUAUUUAAAUACAGAAAACAAAGAAGCUUUGAAAAAUCCAGAGAACAAAGACUACCGGUAAGUCCGGAGAACAAGGACGUUUGAAAAGUCCGGAAACCAUCUAUAUAGACGCCUGGAAAGUCUAGAAAUGCCCCAAUUACGGAAAUUAGAGAUGUUGAAGAUACUGAUUUGCAUUACCAUGGUGAUUCUCCUUAUAGUUGGCCAGUCUUAUGGAUUUUAUUGCGAAAAUGGCCAGACAAAUUAUACAAGAACAUAUUACAAAGACGUAAGCAGGGAAAUAUAUACGAAAAAUGUGGUACCUGUAAAGUACAAAACUUGUUUUUUAUUUGUUUGUUGGACAAAAUAUAAAACACAGAUAACGACUAUCAAGAAAACAGUAACCGAACAAGAACCGUACGAGGUUGUCAAAUGUUGUCCUGGUUUCUUUAAUGAGAGCAAUAAAUGCACUCCAGGUUGCGAGGAAGGCCUGUAUGGUACUAACUGUACGCAAAACUGUAGCUUUUGCCCUUCAUAUUGCGACAUUGAUUCAGGAAAGUGCAUUUGUGAGCCAGGGUAUACGGGCGACAAUUGCACACAAGAAUGUUCUACACAUUUUUAUGGUGUUAACUGUGAACACAAGUGUAGGUGUAAAAAUAACAGCACGUGCAAUGCCGCUGACGGAUCUUGUAACUGUACAUCCCCUGGUUGGGAAGGAGAAUUGUGUGAUCAGGAAUGUACCAAUAAUACAUACGGGUUGUUUUGUAAUGAGACUUGCAUGUGCAACGAAAAUCAAACAUGUGACCACGUGCACGGUUCAUGCAUAUGUAAAUCAGGAUGGCAUGGAGAGAACUGUUCUAAAGAGUGUGACGCAAUGACGUUUGGUGUCGACUGUUUGAAGAAUUGCACGUGUGACCGCAGUAACACGCAAACAUGUGACAGGGAAACGGGCUACUGCCAUUGCAAGCCGGGUUAUGAAAACAGAGAUUGUGAUUCGGUCUGUCAGAUGGGCACCUUCGGAGAAAACUGUUCACGAAACUGCUCUGAUAAUUGCACUUACACGGACUACUGUGAUAAUAUAAACGGAUCAUGCAUUUGCCUCGGAAUGCGCGGACCUAACUGCUCUCAGGAAUGUACAGCAGGUACAUUCGGGCCAAAUUGUAUCUGGCUUUGUAACUGUAGAAACAGUUUAAACAACUCCUGCAAUAAUACAUCUGGCCAGUGUGUCUGCGAUUCUGGGUGGACCGGGCGAACAUGUGACAAAGAAUGUGAGUCAGGUACAUACGGACCAAGCUGUUCCUUGCAUUGUUACUGCACUAACAGUAAAGAUAAAUCAUGUCACAAUGUAACUGGUCAGUGUGACUGUAAACAUGGUUUUAUAGGACGCACGUGUGACAACGAAUAUAAGAAAUAUUUGUCCGACAACUCACAAGGCUUUUUUGAAGACAACAUGUUGUACCUGAUAAUUGGGCUUAUAGCUCUUUUUGUUCUCACCACCCUCACAAUCACUGUCGUCUGCAUUCGCAGACGACACAUGUGCAACAGUAUGUUUAAAAGCGGAGCAAAGAGGGCCCCAGUCAUUUCUAACUCUCAAGAAAAUCCAUGUUAUGAUGCCAGUUUAAAAGAUGCAAUACAAAUUUCGAAUAUGUCCUCUAUUGCAACGCCGGACAAUUACGAAGAUGCUGAGAUUGAAAUAAAAGGCGACACUGCAGCAAAUAAUGAUUCGUAUAUUACAUCGAAUGGAACGUGCUCAGAUUAAAAGAAAGGCGUACUGAAGAUUAUGAAGAGUUUGAUUCAUAGCAAAUACAGUAUUUGCUAGUCCGAAAAAAGUAUCAUUUUAUAAGUUUAGAUAUAAAAUAAGAAGAGAGGCGAUAGUAAACAACGAUAGUGUUCUAAAUAGGACUGGAUCCCGAAAAGGUUUAUUUAAUAAACACAAUCCGAAGGAUAGAUUCUCUCUACAACAAACUUUAUUUGCAAACCUCGGAGGGUUCAAGCAUGUUUUACAAUACAAAUGUUGGGCAUGUCAUUACAGACAUCACUCUACUACAGUUAUUGCAUACUCAUUUGUCUAAAUAUGCCUAAACAAAUAAGCGGUUACAGUCAUUAAAUACUGCUUGAGAAGGACAGGAUAUAUUUUAUAUUAUAUUUAAUAUUUUAAUGCUAUCUAAGUAAUAAUAUGGUGUUGACAAAUUGUCUUAUCCAACAUCAAAGGACCAUUUACAUUUAAAUCAAUUUAUAUUUUAUUCAGUCUUUAUAUAUACAGUAUAUAAUUAUGGUUAAAGUGAUAAAUACGUUUCUUGCCAAUCAAAGUAAUAAAUACUUUUCUUGCCAAUCAAAAAACAAAAUAAUUUAUACUUUGAAAUAUCUUUUGAUAUUUAUACCAUUUUAAAGUAUGCUUUUCUUCUUUUAGUGAUCAAAUGAAAUAUUUCAUCUGCGUAUAUCUACCACAUUAUAUAGCAUCCUGUUUACAUGACAACCAUUUAUCUUUCUACAUGCAUAUAAUUGCAUUUAUAGACUUUAUCAUUACGAAGUCAAGUGCGACGUUAUCAUUAGAAAUACUUGUCAAAUGAAUGGACUCCUCGACAAAAAAAAAAACAACAACAACAAUCGGUACAUCUCGGCUAUUAUAAUUUUUAUCUGAAGUUUAACGGAAAAGGUCAAGAUGAUGUGAUUGACAAAAAUCAUUAAUCAUUUCUAUGAAAAUUCCAAACGAAAUACAUGUAUAUACUGACUGAAUAGCAAAAAGUGCAGUGAAUAGCGAAAAGUGCAGUGAAUAGCGAAAAGUGUAGUGAAAAUCGAAAAGUGCAGACCAUAAUCAAAUGAUACGGAUGUACCGGCUGAUCUUGGUCUGCACUGGUCACGUAGGUAAAAUAUGAUUGCCGCCAGAAGGAUUUUAUAUUAUAAUUAAGAUACACAACAAUAUUGCUUGUCUCUGUUUAAUGUGAAUUAUGACUAUAUAAGUAAUAUUUUAUAAUAUAUUUGACUAUCACAUUACA